AUGCACACGUUUGUUCCUACACAGUUUGUUCCCGCACACCUUGACAGACACGUGUUUGUUCCUACACAGUUUGUUCCCGCACACCUUGACAGACACGUGUUUGUUCCUACACAGUUUGUUCCCGCACACCUUGACAGACACGUGUUUGUUCCUACACAGUUUGUUCCCGCACACCUUGACAGACACGUGUUUGUUCCUACACAGUUUGUUCCUACACAGUUUGUUCCUACACAGUUUGUUCCCGCACACCUUGACAGACACGUGUUUGUUCCUACACACCCGUCAAUUCACUCCUACAACCAGCCCGUCAAUUCACUCCUACAACCAGCCUGUCAGUUCACUCCUACAACCAGCCCGUCAGUUCACUCCUACAACCAGCCUGUCAGUUCACUCCUACAACCAGCCCGUCAAUUCACUCCUACAACCAGCCCGUCAAUUCACUCCUACAACCAGCCCGUCAAUUCACUCCUACAACCAGCCUGCCAGUUCACUCCUACAACCAGCCUGUCAAUUCACUCCUACAACCAGCCCGUCAAUUCACUCCUACAACCAGCCUGUCAAUUCACUCCUACAGCCAGCCUGCCAGUUCACUCCCACAACCAGCCUGCCAGUUCACUGCUACAACCAGCCUGCCAGUUCACUCCUACAACCAGCCUGCCAGUUCACUCCUACACACAGCCUGCCAGUUCACUCCUACACACAGCCUGCCAGUUCACUCCUACAACCAGCCUGCCAGUUCACUCCUACAACCAGCCUGUCAGUUCACUCCUACAACCAGCCUGCCAGUUCACUCCUACACACAACCUGUCAGUUCACUCCUACAACCAGCCUGUCAAUUCACUCCUACAACCAGCCUGCCAGUUCACUCCUACACACAGCCUGCCAGUUCAUUCCUACAACCAGCCUGUCAAUUCACUCCUACAACCAGCCCGUCAGUUCACUCCUACAACCAGCCUGUCAAUUCACUCCUACAACCAGCCCGUCAAUUCACUCCUACAGCCAGCCUGCCAGUUCACUCCCACAACCAGCCUGUCAAUUCACUCCUACAACCAGCCCGUCAAUUCACUCCUACACACAGCCUGCCAGUUCACUCCUACAGCCAGCCUGCCAGUUCACUCCCACAACCAGCCUGCCAGUUCACUGCUACAACCAGCCUGCCAGUUCACUCCUACAACCAGCCUGCCAGUUCACUCCUACACACAGCCUGCCAGUUCACUCCUACAACCAGCCUGUCAAUUCACUCCUACAACCAGCCCGUCAGUUCACUCCUACAACCAGCCUGCCAGUUCACUCCUACAACCAGCCUGUCAAUUCACUCCUACAACCAGCCCGUCAGUUCACUCCUACAACCAGCCUGUCAAUUCACUCCUACAACCAGCCCGUCAAUUCACUCCUACAGCCAGCCUGCCAGUUCACUCCCACAACCAGCCUGCCAGUUCACUGCUACAACAAGCCUGCCAGUUCACUCCUACAGCCAGCCUGCCAGUUCACUCCCACAACCAGCCUGCCAGUUCACUGCUACAACAAGCCUGCCAGUUCACUCCUACAACCAGCCUGCCAGUUCACUCCUACACACAGCCUGCCAGUUCACUCCUACAACCAGCCUGCCAGUUCACUCCUACAACCAGCCUGCCAGUUCACUCCUACAACCAGCCUGUCAGUUCACUCCUACAACCAGCCUGUCAAUUCACUCCUACAACCAGCCUGCCAGUUCACUCCUACACACAGCCUGCCAGUUCAUUCCUACAAUGUACAACCAGCCUGUCAGUUCACUCCUACAACCAGCCUGCCAGUUCACUCCUACACACAGCCUGCCAGUUCAUUCCUACAACCAGCCUGCCAGUUCAUUCCUACAACCAGCCCGUCAAUUCACUCCUACAACCAGCCCGUCAGUUCACUCCUACAACCAGCCUGCCAGUUCACUCCUACACCAGCCUGCCAGUUCACUCCUACACCAGCCUGCCAGUUCGAAUUGCUCCCUUCGUUACGUGA